UAUAAUAAAGUAAACAAUUUAAGUGGAUAGUUAUUUGUUCGUAACAAAUACGAAGUGUUUUGAUACUUCUGCGCAUGUUGUGGCAUUGCUAUUGCCGUAAGAUCGGUGAACUUGUAGGCACCUUCAUUAGAACGAAAACGGGAGGUGUAAUAAUAGCAACUGCAUGUGGAUCUGUUUUGUCUGGAGUACUUUACCUUACUGUCAAUGGUUAUGAACAUGUGAAAAUGAAGAAUGAAAAGGCUGAUACUAAACAUCUAUCGCUUGAGGAAAAGUUUCGUACCUUCGCCUCUCUGCAACUUAACGGCGUUUUGCUGAUGACCCCUUCAGAUUUCCUACGUUCUUUGGUUGGUGAUCAAAAGCAGGUCAAAAUGAUGAUUACAAAUGAACCGCAAUUUAUUGAGAAAAUAAUGGCUAAGGCAUCUAAGAAGAAAUACGGGUCUCGGUUUUUUAGAAACCUUCAAAACGAUGGGAUAAUAACAUUUUCGGAAUAUUUGUUUCUGCUCCAUAUACUAACAAAAACUCCUUCAGGUUUCGAAAUAGCAUUCAAGAUGCUUGACAGGGAUUUAAGCGGAUCUGUUGACGCUAGGGAAUUCAUGAUCUUGAAUCAUAUAAUUGCAGAGAGUACCGAUGAUAUGCCUGAUACCGAUAGAGGAGCAUAUGACCUUUUGCUUCCGUCAGACCAAGCUUAUAAUACAACUCUAAUGGCUCACCUAUUUGGCUAUAAUAAGGCUAAUAACUUGAGCUUUGAGGAAUUUAAAAGAUUCAUGUGUAAUGUUCAAACGGAAGCAUUAGAGGUUGAAUUUCAGGAGUUUUCUUCAGGCUCAUCUGCAAUUACACCAGUCGACUUCGCUCGUAUUAUUCUUCGUUAUACCACGGUAUCUGCUUCUGAGUAUGAUGCAUUCAUAAAUCGACUUAAAAAAGCUGUUCCACCGAAUAUAGCAAUAACCUUCAACGAAUUUCUGAAAUUUUUCAUGUUUUUAAACUGUCUGGAUGAUUUCGCACUGGCAGUAAAAAUGUACACUAUUGCAGGGCAGCCUAUAUCACUACCUGAAUUUAAGCGAGCUGUUAAAGCAUGCAUCGGUAAUGAAUUAAGCUCUGAUGUUUUAACAGUCUUGUUUGCCUUAUUUGAUCGUGAUGGAGAUAAUUGUCUUAGUUAUAAUGAAUUCAUUCACAUCAUGCGAGAACGACAUUCUGGAGGACUAUCGUAUGUUAAAUGAGCAAUGUAUGCUCGAAAAGGAAAUUACGUGGUUGUUAAAUGCAUAAAAAGCAACUACAUUUUGUCGUGCAGUUAUUAUUAUGUCACACAAUUGGAAAUGUUUAGAUUUCCGUAAGUGUCACUAUCAACGUUUGAGUAAUGCAACUAGAGUAAAAACUUCAUACAUUAGUUAAUAAAGCAGUUUAAUUUAUUACAAAAAUUUAAGUUUGCAUAAUUUAAUUGUAACGUGGAAAAAACUCUACAUUGUACUGGAUCAAAGAAACUAUACAUGAACUGUGUGGCCCCCAUCUGUCCUAACAACCUGAGCUUAAUGCUUUGUUCUUGGUAAAAGCCGUGCUGUUGAGUAUUUUAAACUGGUAAUCGGUUUGGAAUGAGAAAUGGUUAUGGUUUCUGAAUGGUGGUGGAUGUUAGAAUUAGGUGGUUUUCACUUGGUUUAUUAAAUGAAAGAAAUACUAAAUCCUCAUCAAGUCACUAACGACAUUCACUGAACUUGUGGACGAAAGUUAAAACACUUAAUCUGAUGACCGCGAUUUCAUAAACGAAAAAAUAUGUUUCGUUUCAUUUUUUAAACUACCAAAUAUAAUAUUAUGUGAUUUAGCUUUACACUUUAAUAGCUGCAGAUUUAAUUGUAGUCAGGAAGGAAAUUGGAAGAAACCGCCGUUUCACACUUUAUUAUCUAACAGCUACAUAAUUAAAUAAAGAUUUUUAUGCAAUAUUGAUGAUAUAUAGACCGUAUUCCAUACUAAGAAGGUGCUAGAGAGCUUCUCUUGGGUCAUCUUUUGAUGUUAAUUUUGUUUGAUGGAAUGGUUAAUAAGUUAAAGCAAGUAUGAAAAACAUUUUGGAGUUAGACGAUAUCCCAUCUGACUGGUCACAAUCACUUAUUGUCCCAAUAUAUAAGAAGGGGUCAAAAUAAUCCUGUGGUAAUCAUAGAGGGAUUAGUCUAACUAACAUAGCAUCUAAAAUACUUGCCACAAUAAUUAUCGGGCGCCUAACUAAGACUUGUGAACUGCAAACACGAAAAAAACAGGCCGACUUCAGGCCUGGUCGUGACUGUAUCGACCACGAAUUUACCAUUCAUCAGAUUUAGAACACAGGUAUUCUUAUCGGCAUCCAACAAUGAUAGUUUUUCCUGACUUAAAAGCAGUAUUUGACUAUGUAGACCGAGAGGUUCUGUGGCAGUGUCUGUCAUUGAGAGGUGUACCUCAGAAGUACAUAAACCAUGUGAAGACUCUUUACUCGAACACUACCAGUCGAGUCACAGCUUAUGGCGAACUGUCACCUGACUUCGCGACCACAAGUAAUGUCUGACAAGGCUGUGCACUAUCUCCAUUUCUGUUCAAUUUCAUCAUAGACCUACUGCUGGAAAUAACUUUCUCGUCGAAUGAACUUCCGGGGAUUAAUCUCCUACCAGGAGGUUCACUUAUCGACUUAGAAUACGCGGAUAAUAUGGUCCUGUUUGGUGAAGGCUCUGAUAAAAUGCAGAAUCUUCUGUCGGCACUGAGUAACAAUGCCAGGAUAUUUGGGAUGCGUUUCACCCCCUCUAAAUGUAAAUUGUUACUCCAUGAUUGGCCUACGUCAACACCUGAACUAAGGUUAUGGAGUGAAGUAGUCGAACGCGUCG